AUGUCGAUACCAAAUAAAGCAGGAAAGUCAAGUGUCGUUCGUCCUCUUAAGCGAUUUUCUACUGCUGUUGGAGAGUGUGCCCCUGUUGGGAAAGUUUAUGGUGACUGUAUUUUGGCAAACUAUCAGACUGUCUCUAAAAAUAUGUGUCUUGCUGAGUUUAUGAAGCUGAAAGAAUGUGUUCAAAGCAAGCUUGGAAAAAAGUGGUAG